AUAUUGCGCAUUUAAAGAAACUUGUCUUCACUCUCCAUCUCUUAUCCUUCUUCCUGUUCAUUCACAACCUCUCAAACCCAAACGGUAUUAUUACAGUAGUACUUAUUAUAUAAUCUCUUUUCACCUCAGUUUUACAUUACUUUAUAUAAACUAUAUACAUUCCACUCUAUUCCUUCUAUACUACAACUCCAUCAUCAACAAAAUUAACAACCCCAUAAUGAAGAAAUAUUCCCUCCCGGAUUCUGUUACUUGCCCGGGAAAACCAUCCCAAUUUGCUGACUGCUGGUUUGACGAUGCCUGCAUUCUUGACAUGGACUAUUUUGUUAAGACCAUAACGGACAUAAAAGCGAAGGGGGUCCGGCCUGACCUCAUUGGCUCAAUCAUAGCUCACUAUGCAUCAAAAUGGCUACCGGACCUCUCCAACGACGUCAUGAAAAAGGGUCUAACCAACUUCGAAGAAUCACCGGAAAGUGUCACUGCUUCAUGGAUGAAGAAGAGGUUUUUUGUUGAAACUUUAGUGGGAAUUUUACCUCCCGAGAAGGACUCCCUUCCAUGCAACUUUCUUCUUCGUCUUCUCCGGACUGCCAACAUGGUCAACGUUGAGCCGACCUUCAGGGACGAGUUGGAGAAGCGGAUUUCAUGGCAACUGGACCAAGCUUCAUUGAAGGAGAUUCUGAUACCCUCGUUUAGUCACACCUGUGGGACAUUGCUCGAUGUUGAGUUAGUUUCAAGGCUGGUGAAGAGGUUCAUUAACUUGGAUAGCGAAGGGGCUAAAAGUGGAGCUGCUUUGGUUAAAGUUGCGAAGCUUGUUGAUUGUUACUUGGCUGAAGCCGCCAUGGAUUCGAAUUUAAGCUUAUCAGACUUCGUUGAACUUGCUAGUGCCCUGCCUAGCCAUGCCCGUGCAACAGACGAUGGGCUGUACCGCGCCAUUGAUACUUACCUUAAAGCACAUCCUGGGGUAUCAAAGGAAGAAAGGAAGCUUCUUUGUAGAUUAAUUGACAGCCGAAAGCUCUCACCAGAAGCAUCACUUCAUGCCGCACAGAAUGAACGUUUACCUGUUCGAGCUGUGAUUCAAGUGCUUUUCUCCGAACAAUCUAAGCUCAAUAAACAGCUCGAUUGGAGUGGCUCAUUUAACGGAACCAGGAGUCCUUAUCUCGGGCUGGACCCACCUGCAGCUCGUUGCCUAUCAAAACGUGAAGUGAACGCUCAGCAAAUGGAGAUAAAGAAGCUGAGAGAAGAUGUGCUGAGGCUUCAAAGCCAAUGCAACUUCAUGCAGGCGCAACUGGAGAAGUUGGUGGAUAAAAAGAAGGGUUUCUUCAGGUGGAAGAAACUGGGAAUAAUGCCUUCUUCAUUGAAGACUACUCUCAGCGUUGUUGAGAGGAUUGAAGAAGGUGAAAGAGAAGGAGAUGACAUGUAUGGAUAUGGAAGACAAACGCCAGCAGUGGACAUGAAAACAAGAUUGGUUAAAUCACGCAGGACUCCUUCUAAGUGGAGAAAAUCCAUGUCGUAAAAGUUGAAUUUGAAUUCUCCUCUUAUCCGAGUUUAAAUCAAAAUAUCAUAAAUCAAAGUAUCUGAUUAUGCUUUGGCAAAACUCGGAUAAGGAGAGGAUUUAAUUUCAACUGCAUGCAUAAAAAUGGAAGAAUUUUAAUUGAAAAUGAGUUGUGUAUUAAUUUCAUUUAAAUUGUGUUUGCGAAAUAAAAAUGUAAGGGCUGAAUAAGAUUAUCUUAAUAUAUAAGAGUUAAUUAGAAGAAGAAGAGGGAUUUACAAUUAGGUUUGAAACUUCAUGUACAAGCAACAACAAG